AUGUCCGCCCCAACACCCCCGUCACGCGAGGAAGAGGUGAAGAAGACGGGUUAUGCAAGGUUCUUUGAAAGCCAGACAGUCUUUCUCACAGGCAGCACAGGCUCACUAGGGAGUUGCCUCCUAUACAAACUGGCCUUGCAACUCCCAACCCACAAAAUCUUCGUCUUGAUUCGCACGUCUCCGCAAGUAGCCAUCGAGAAAUGGAAGAAGUCAAUGCCUCAACAAGCACAGGCCAUACUCAGUUCAGGGAAGAUUCACUUCGUCAUUGGUGAUAUGAGGAAAUCGGAUUUUGGUAUCAAGGAAGCGGAUCUCAAAAGAUUGCAGCAAGAGGUCACGCUGGUCAUCCAUGCAGCGGCAAAUAUCUCUUUCACCAUGGAUCUUAAAGACGCGGUUGAACAGAAUUGUCUUCCGCCAUUGGAGCUGGGAAGGAUUGCUUCACGAUUUAGACGUCUUAAGCUCUUCAUUCAAAUCUCAACGGCAUAUGGGAAUAGUUUCCUUCCGGAUGGCUAUGUCGGGGAAAGACAAUACUCAAUUGUUGAGGAUCCGGAAGAGGAGCUGGCGCAAAUCAUAUCGUCUGGUACAUCUCCAAAUGAGUCUCGUUUCUCAUCAACAUACGCCUUCGCAAAGCACCUCACGGAGUGGUUGUUUUUGAAGAGAUAUCCGCUUUUGCCAUUGCUUCUGGUGCGACCAACGAUUUUCGGUGCUGCCAUGCGCGAUCCAUAUCCACUCUAUGGGCCUCCGAACUCAACGCCCAUGCGGAAAUUUGCUGAGUUCUUGGUGGCAGAACCCGGAACCCAGGUCUGGCACGCGACAAAGGGAUAUAAAAGCGGCAUGAACACACUCGAUGAGAUUCCGGUGGACUUUGUCGCCAAUAGUUGUCUUAUGCACGCAGCAGCAAACACGCAAGGGAUCGUCCAUAUCGGAUCACAACUAUACCACCCAAUGACUUUCGAUGACUUUUUGCGCCUUGUGGAUAAUAAUGCACCACCGGGAUUCCCGCUGCCCACCAUUGUCUUCACGGAGGAUUAUAGUGUCCCACAACACUUUCUGGCCGAAUUGGUCAAGGUGGCAAGUCGCAACUGGGUUUUCGACUGUGGCCGGUCCUAUUGGUUGAAAGAAAUGGGCGGUCCAUUGAGUCUGGCCUCGUGUAAACAUGAGAUGGAGGGCCUGAAUAUUGCACGAGUAAAGGAGGUUUAUGAGAAGCAUAAGCAAAGGGCAAAACUUUAG